CGAUGUUAUUGGGCACGCAGCUCUUUGCCGACAAGUCCGGCAAUCGUAUACACAUCAGAUGGCUACCUUAUGUUGCUCGGCUUGAGGAGAUGGGUCGCUAAAAUUGGGGGUCGGCGGCACUUGCAUGGUUGUACAGGUGCAUGUGCCGAGUCGCCAACAGACAUGUGGUGAAGUUAGCUGGCCCUUUACAGUUACUACAGUCUUGGAUAUUCUGGAGGUUUCCCACUCUUAGACCAUCUGGGUAUGAUGAGAUUAGCUGGCCACUUGCCUCGAGAUGGUCUGGUUACAAUCCUGGGAUUAGCAACAAGGGACCUCGGGUACAGAUGGCUCGCCUGAAGAUCGACUUGUUACAGCCUCGGCAGUUCAUAUGGAUGCCCUAUAGCGCACUAGACGUCAUCCAGGUUGUACAUCCGGAGGUCUUGGAGCCUCGGCAUACGAUGUUAUGGCGCUGCAGGACGUCCCUGAUUUACUUUGCGGUUGUGGAGUGGCAUCAGGUUGAUAGAGUUUUACCUCAGUUUGGUGGCGUUCAGCCCAUACCGUCUCCCGCCUUGAACAUCGACUUCUUGAUGUCGAAGGACGGGAGAGGAGGUGACCGUUGGUUCCCGGCACAGUACGCUGACUGGCACGAUCACUGGCAGGAGCGUGCGGAGCACAUUCUACAGUUUGACAUCGUCCCCGACCCCGGUCCGUCACACGAUUUCUUGACAUGGUGGUAUCAGCACGGAAAGAGGUUUUUGUCGCCGGAGAUGUUAUUGGGGGAUCCGAGAGGUAUUCCUAUUCCAGAUGAGGCUACGCAGAGGGGUGCAGGUCGACUUCCAGAUAUGGACCGGGUCGAGGACGUUCCCGACAGACGUCAGGCGAUAGACCUCGUGGACGUAGGGCUGCCAUGUAAGUCGUGA